AUGAAGAUCGAGACUGAACAAUUCUUUGAUAUAAAUACUGACACGUUGACUGCUAGGAUAUAUGAAUGGUGUAGUAAAGUUGCCCCCAGCCGCUCGCUCCUCCCUCACCUGUCUUUGCUCUCCGGCCAGAUCAGGUUUCUUGAACAGGGCUGGCAGGCAAAGUUACGUUAUACAGAAGCAGGACAAAAUCACACCGGUAGAGCUGCCACCACUCCCUCUGUUCCGGGGAACCCAGAGUCACAACCCAGGGAGAAGGCUGUGCCCUGUUAUUACUGGUUAUCCCCACUCCACAAGUUGAAUCCACAAACUUGCAGACAGAAAUUCUACGGUAGAGCGUAA